GCCAGGGUUCAGCGCGAGCUUCCGUGCCGCUCCUCCAGCAAGGGACCCAACCGCGAGCAAGCGCUAUGUUAUCGCGGUCCAGAUGUGCAUACCGGACGCUUGGUCGUUCUCUGUCUGCGGUGAGCCAGGCCAAUAAUGUGCUUGUGCGGCAAAGUGUAUCAGGCAUCUCUGGCCACAGCAGACUACUUUACAGGAAUUCUCAGUCAUGUGAAUUUUUCUCAUCAGCGAAUGUCUUUCACAUCAGAUACUUCAAGACCUCUGCUGUUCACAGAGAUGAGGUAGUCACAGUGAAAACGCCUGCAUUCGCAGAGUCUGUUACAGAGGGCGAUGUGAGGUGGGAGAAAGCUGUGGGUGACUCAGUGACUGAAGAUGAAGUGGUAUGCGAAAUUGAGACGGACAAGACCUCAGUGCAAGUCCCUGCCCCGGCAGCUGGGAUCAUUGAGGAGCUGCUUGUGCCUGAUGGCGGGAAGGUAGAAGGAGGGACACCGCUCUUCAAACUUCGAAAAGGAGCUGCCGCUGCCAAAGCUGCAGAAGCACCAACUGCUGCAGUAGCUCCUCCACCACCACCACCACCUCCACCUCCUCCUCCUCCAUCUUCAACCCCUGUUGCCAUGCCUCCAGUGCCACCACAGGCUGCCCCGGCCAGACCCGUUUCUCCUGUCAAGCCAACUGCUGCUCGUCCUGCACCAGCUCCUCCAACAGCAGGAAGCAGAGGAGAAAGCAGGGUGAAGAUGAACCGCAUGAGACUGAGGAUCGCUCAGAGGCUAAAGGAGGCUCAGAACACUUGCGCCAUGUUGACCACCUUCAACGAGGUGGACAUGAGCAACAUUCAACAGAUGAGGACGGUCCAUAAGGAUGCUUUCCUGAAGAAGCAUGCCAUCAAACUGGGUUUUAUGUCUGCAUUUGUCAAGGCUGCAGCUCAUGCCCUGACUGACCAACCUGCUGUCAAUGCUGUCAUUGAUGAUACAACCAAAGAGAUCGUCUACAGAGAUUACGUUGACAUCAGUGUUGCAGUGGCAACUCCAAAGGGGCUUGUUGUGCCUGUGAUACGUAAUGUGGAGACCAUGAACUUUACUGACAUUGAGAAAGCCAUUAAUGCAUUGGGAGAAAAGGCUCGUAACAAUGAGCUAGCCGUUGAAGACAUGGAUGGAGGCACCUUCACCAUCAGCAAUGGUGGUGUGUUCGGCUCCUUGUUUGGUACACCCAUCAUCAACCCCCCACAAUCGGCUAUCCUGGGCAUGCACGGCAUCUUCGACCGACCUGUGGCUAUCAAUGGAGAGGUGGAGAUCCGGCCCAUGAUGUACGUGGCAUUGACAUACGACCACCGGCUUGUCGAUGGCAGAGAGGCAGUCACUUUCUUACGCAAGAUCAAAGCAGUGGUGGAAGAUCCACGAGUUCUGCUUUUGGACAUGUGAUGUUUCUGUCGACACAGCACUCUUUUUAAAGAUAGCUCAGCUGCAGAGAGCGAGCUCCACGACAUGAAAAAAACGCACAAAUUGCCUACACAACCUCUAUUGUCUUUUGUUCAGACUACAUGUAGAGCUAAAACUUAUCACAUUAACAGAUAUUCACUAAAAUAGGCCUUGGCUAAACCCCAGCAAAUAAUCUUUUUGUCUUCUAUUUUUAGUUUAUUUGCAGCAUUUUAAUUCAGCAAAGAGAGAUUUACAUUUAUUGCACAGAUGCUGACAUAAAACUGGCAUACAAAGGUUCAAAUGGUUAAAGUAAUUCAUACAUAGGUAUGCUAUUUCAGGAGGGCUUAUGAAACACUAGAUACGUAAUUGCCGCAUCCUUUUAUGAAAGUUGUGAGACAAAAAAGCUUUUCCAUGCAAAGUUGGCUGCAUGACUGACUCCCCAGCUCAUUAGUUGGCACUUCUGAACCACCUUUUCCACAGCAGCGCAACAAAUUAUUUCAAGAUGUUUUUAUAAUGGCAACACAAGAUUAAAAGAAUUCCUUGGUUUGCUGCUAGUCCUUGUUAUGAGCAACAGUCUGAAGAAACUACAACUUGUCUGACUAGUUCAGGUAUAUUCUUGCUUCACCAGUCACUUGUGUUCAGUCUUUUAUAAAAAAUGAUAAUAAUAAUAAUAAGCCUUCCUUGAGUAGACUAUCUUUUUAUAAACUGUUAUGAGCAUUUAGUAAAACUGACACAUGAACUCACUUUAAACUGAACCUGUACAAAACAACCAAACUUUUUUUUUAAUGAUGUAAACCAUUUAUUGUUACUUUAUGUUGGGAUUAAUGUUCAAUACGCACAAUUCUGCUGCAGGUCAUUAUGUUUAGCUACGAGGCUGGAGAACAUUUGCUUUGUGCUGUCCUAUAUAUAUAUAUAAAUAUAAAAUACUUGUAUCUAUUUAAAGAAUCAUUUUGAAACAUUAACAUCUCAAGAGUUUUAUGUUCCUAUACUCGGCUUACACUUUCACCUUUGUACAUACAGUAUCACUAUUACCCAAUGAAUGGCUCUCCAAAAGUGGGGAAAAAAACUAUUUUAAAACCAUCUGGACCAAUCCAUUAAUCUGGAACAAUUCUUAAUCAGAUAACCUUUUUUGUGGCAUCUAAAGACAGAGUUUAAUAUGGUUUGGUUCCAGCUUUUUAAUGCAUAUUUGUUUUUUCUGAUCAUAAAUUAUCUUGCUGCAUGAUGAAGGAUCUCCCAAUCAGUUUGGGUGCAUCCUUUGUUUCUGUAGACUUCCGAGUUCAUUUCUGCUGCCAU